CGAACAAACACACACAUUUCCCAGAUAAGCUCGGUACAUAUAUAAGUUUGUAGCGGCGUCCUGUACCCAUCGAUAGAUACCAACAUGGCGACUGCUCCGGCUCGAGCUAUUGCAGUGGUGCUGCUCACGUUCGUCUGCUGUGGGUGUGCCAUGGCCGCGGACAAAGCACCGAUCAAAUGGCUGAGGGCGCACGCGACAUUCUACGGCGGCGCCGAUGCCUCUGACACCAUGGGUGGAGCAUGCGGGUACGGUAAUCUGUACUCGGCGGGGUACGGCACACGGACGGCGGCGCUGAGCACGGUGCUGUUCAACGACGGUGCAGCGUGUGGGCAGUGCUAUAAGAUUGCGUGUGACCGCAAGCUCGCAGAUCCGAUGUGGUGCAAACCAGGCGUCUCGGUGACGGUGACGGCAACGAACUUCUGUCCGCCUAACAACGCGCUCCCGAACGACAACGGUGGUUGGUGCAAUCCACCGAGGCCACACUUUGACAUGGCGCAGCCGGCCUGGGAGAAGAUCGGCGUCUACAAAGGCGGCAUCAUCCCCGUCAUGUACCAAAGGGUCCCAUGCGUGAAGAAGGGUGGGGUGCGGUUCAAGAUUGAAGGUCACGAUUACUUCAACCUAGUUACUGUGAUGAACGUAGCAGCCGCCGGCUCAAUUAAAUCUAUGGAUGUCAAGAGCUCUGAUUCAAACAAUUGGAUGACAAUGUCCCGUAACUGGGGUGCCAACUGGCACUCUGUAGCAAAUCUUACCGGAAAAAUACUUUCAUUCAGGCUCACUAACACAGAUGGGCAAACACUUGAGUUUAACAAUAUUGUGCCCGAUGGAUGGAAGUUCGGGCAAACAUUUGCAAGCAAACAACAGUUCAAGUGAUCAUUCACAAGUGAUUAAUUUAGAAUAUGAUUGGUUCAUGAAUGUACCAUCAUACGUGCAUUCUAGCAUUGUUGAAUUCAAUUUAUUUGUGUCAUGGUGCUCAAUUACAUUAAUUUUAUGUGGUUAUUGUAUAUACACUACAUCAAUUCAUUGAUAAAUUAAGGCAUGCAACAUCCUUGUAUGUGAUUAAUUUCUUCUGUGUUUCCAUACUUGUAGAAGUUUGGAUGGUGUACACAAAGU